CACCUUCCACUCCUUCAAGGCUCACUUUAGUAUGUUUGAUUGGACAUCAUACAGCAUACAGUGCAUGUAAGCCAUUACGUGAUUGGUGCGUGUAAGCCACGUGAGCUUCUUGGCACCACUGCGCUGCGCUGUGUUUGGCACACUAAUAUUUCAAAAUUAUUAAGCUGUAACGGUUUUAUAACGAUUUUUGUAACGGUCACUGUGCAUCACUGUGCUUUUCGCUUUUAGUAAAUAUUCUACUUUGAAAAUGCCGGUUUCCUUAAAUGCUAUCACCCUUUGUAAUUUUAAGUCAAUUCGGGGACAGGUAACAAUUACUCCCUUCCCAUCACUUACAACAAUUAUCGGUCCAAAUGGAUCUGGAAAAUCAAAUAUUAUGGAUGGAGUAAGAUUUGUUUUGGGAGAGAAGCCAGAUGCUUUGCGUGUUAAAUGCCUCAGUGACCUCGUUCAUGGAGCUAUUAUUAGAACGCCAAGAACGGAAGGUACCUACGUAAAAAUAGUCUUCACGGAAAACAAUAAUGAAGAAAAAAGUAUCACAAUAAAUGAAGAAACAAUAAUAAAUAAAGAAAAAAGUUUCACAAGGAUAAUACAUAAUGAAGACAGUCAAUAUGAUAUAGAUGGCGAGAUUGUCACACAUAAUUUUUAUAUGGCUGAACUCAAAAAAUUUGGCUUGGAUAUAAACUUGGGCAAUUUUUUUAUGCCUCAAGGCUACAUCGAAUGUUUGGCAACAAAACUGCCAAAAGAGCUGACUGUAAUGUUUGAAAUGAUUAGUGGUUCAAACUCUUACGAAGGCAUUUACACGAGAUUAAUGGAAAAGAAUCAGGAAUUGAAAAUGAAAAUACAUUAUACAUUUCAAAUGAAAAAACAAUUAUUGAUGCAAAAGAAAUGUACUAUUGCGGAAGCAGAAGAAGCAGACAAAUAUUCAGAAUUGCAGGAACAAUACAUUGAAAUAAAAACACAACUGCAAUUAGUUCAAUUACUUCUUAUUAAGAAGGCAGUUGACACCUUACAAAAUAAGAAAAGAGAGAAAAAAUUACAAAUAGAGCAACGUCUAUUUGACAAGAAUAAUGUGAUGUCUUUAUUAGAACAACAUAAUUCACAAUUUAAGUCAUUAUCCAAUUCUGUGGAAGCUAUCGAAAAAGACAUUCAAGAAUUGGACAAUGUUAUUCAAAACUGCAAAAAUAAUCACGUUAGGCAUUUAACAACUGUUUUAUAUUGGCAAAAACACCGUGAUCACGCUCACGCUUGCCUGAACAAUGGGAAUGAAGCACGUGAUAAUAACAUCAAAAUCAUUCAAGAAUUAAAAGAUGAAUUAAAACAGAUAAACAAAAAAUUGAAAAAGAUGAAAGAAGCAUCACAGGACAUAGAACUCACCAAUUCCCAGGUUAAACAUUAUUGCGAAUUGAAAAGCGAAGUUGAAUACCGAGCGAAGGAUUUUGUAGAGCAAAUAAAUAGAUUGAUGCGUAAUCAAGAACCAGAUCGCAUUAAAUUCGAAAACGAAAAUAGGAUUAAGCAGGAACUGGAGGACAAAAUAAAGCGAGACACAUUUAAGAAGGAUAAUCUUGAAAAGUGUCUCCAAGGACUCCAAGAUUCAGACGCCAAAUUCAAAAGAACUUUAGAGAGUAAGAUAAAAGACAGAAAGGAGUUAAUCAAGGAAAUUAACACAAUAAAAACUACAUCGAUAAAAUUGAGCAACGAUAUUGCAAAUAUUUCCAAAGAGCUUGGCCAAGCUGAUAUCAGUUCGCAAGAAAAGAAAAAAGUAGAAAUAAUCAAAAAUUUGAAACAAUUUUCUGGCGUGCAUGGCCGAUUAUCUCAGUUAUGUAGGCCUAUACAUCGACGGUACUAUGUUCCUGUGAUUAAAGUUUUUGGUAAAAAUAUAGACGCUAUUAUCGUUGAUACUACACAUACAGCGAUCCAGUGUAUUCAAUAUCUAAAACAGCAAAAACUAGCUGCUGAAACAUUUUUACCACUUGAUUCAAUUAAACCGGUUCAUUUGAAGGAAAACUUACGUGAUAUAAAGGAACCGAAGAAUGUUAAAUUAUUAUUCGAUGUGCUAAAUGUUACACGUGCGGAAAUAGCGAAGGCAGUUUUAUUUGUUACCAAAAACGUUUUAGUUUGUGAGACCGCCGACGAUGCAAGAAGAAUGGCAUAUGAAAUCGACAAACACAACGCUUACGAUUGUGUUUCAUUGAAUGGAUGUUUUUAUCGUAAAGAUGGUCUGAUAUCUGGAGGAGAGGCCGAUUUAAUUUCAAAAGCGGAACAAUGGAUGAAGCAGAGGGAGUAUGAGGGAGCACGGGAUACAUUCGCAUUGGAGAAACAGAAGGAAGAUUUAAUGAAGGAACUUAACAAGCUGCCGAACAUCUCACUCAUGCGAUCUGAUCUUAAUAUACUAAAGGAAGAAAUUGAAGGAAUUUUUUUCCAAAUUCUAGAGGUCAAACAAGAUAUAAAAGAUUCUGAAAGUAAAAUUAAGGAAAUUAAUGAAAUAUUGCAACAGCACGCUCAAAAUCUAUCUUUGUCAAAUUCGACAAUAUCGGAAAUUCAACAUAAUAUGCAAGAAACAAAUCAAAAUAUUAAAAGCAUACAGGAACAUAUUGAUACAAUUAGAAAUGAAAUUUUUGCUGAUUUUUGUGAAGAUAUUAAUAUACCGGAUAUCAGCUACUAUGAAAAUAAACUGCUGAUUUAUAGAGAAGAGGAAGAGAAGCGAAUAAACCUUGAGAAGCAAUACGGUCUUAUCACGACUCAAUUAUCUUUCGAAAACGAACGCGAUACAAAAGCUCCAAUUUUGAAAUGGAAACGUGCUUUGAAAAAAGCUGAGGAAGAGUUGAAUAACGCGCAACAGCAAGAAACAAUAAUAAAUAGUGAAAUUGAACAAGAAGAAGUUAAAUUAUCGAAAUUAAAGAUGACUUAUGUAAAGAAAGAAAACGAUUUAAAGAAUAUAACAGAAAGCUUGAAGAAAUAUAAUUCAGAACUUCGUGAUAUAACAAAGUUAUAUCUAGAAAAUCAGAAAGCUCACAUUGCUAUACAAACACAAAUAGAUAAGAAGAAGGCAGAAUGCAAUGCUAUACUUAGAGAAUGCAAGAUGGAAGGUAUUACUGUUCCAAUAGCGAAGACAUCACACGGUAGACUAGAAAAGUUUCUAAGCAAUUCUAGUCCUGCUUCAAACGCGGAAUCGUCGAAUGAAUGGGAUAUAUCAGUAAUGAUUAAUUUUUCACUUUUUCCCAAAAAUCUCCGUGAUAGUACAAAAGAAGGUUUGCAAAAUAUCAUUGUACAGCUUGAUGAAAAACUUACGGAGAUUCAAAAUCAAAUUAAAACCAUAGUAAAACCCAAUCUUAAGGUUCAUGAGAAGAUAGAUCCAAUAAAGAAACAUAUAUCAAGUUUAAACAAGAAACUUAAAACGUUGCGUCAGAGAGCUCUUCGUACUGAAAGAGAAUUAAAUGAAGUAAAAAAUGAAAGACAAAGUUUAUUUAUGAAUUGUUUACAAUGCGUUGCUGCUGCAGUAGAGCCUAUAUACAAAGAUUUGGUCAAAGAAAAAUCGGCUCUAGCACUUCUAGUAUCAGAUAAUACUGAGGAAUCGUACGCAGGUGGUGUACAUUAUAGCUGUAUACCGCCGUUUAAACUCUUUCAGCCAAUGUCAAAUCUAUCGGGUGGAGAAAAAUCACUCGCUAGUCUGGCAUUACAAUUCGCAAUUCAAUGUUAUAAGCCAUCACCGUUUUUCAUUAUGGACGAAAGCGAUGCGACAUUGGAUCAAAUAAAUAUUGAAAACUUUAUUCAUUUUAUUCGAUCUUACUUGAAAUCGGAUGAUAUAAAAGUUAUCAUGAUAACGUUGAAUAAAUCACUGUUUUCUCAUUCCGAUGCACUUAUAGGAGUUACUACUGAGCCUGACGCAGAAUGUACCGAGAGUAAAGUAUUUUCCAUUUCAUUGGAUAAAUAUUCUAGCUGUUAAUAGAAACAUUUUUUUAUUUUUAUUAUCGAUAGGUUGGGGUGACGACAGAAUAUUUGUCAGUUUUAAUUUUUAUUUCAAUUUUAGUUUUAUUUCGUGAAAUUGACAUGUG